UCCGCGGACGCCUCACUGCUGACUCCAGCGCGUCCCAGCCGAGCCCAGCUGAGCGAGUGCAGCGCGAUGGACGGUCGGGUGCAGCUGAUGAAGGCCCUCCUGGCCCGGCCCCUCCGACCCGCGGCACGUCGGUGGAGGAACCCGAUUCCGUUUCCCGAGACAUUUGACGGUGAUACCGACCGACUCCCCGAGUUCAUCGUGCAGACGGGCUCCUACAUGUUCGUGGACGAGAAAACGUUCUCCAGCGACGCCCUGAAGGUGACGUUCCUCAUCACCCGUCUCACCGGGCCGGCCCUGCAGUGGGUGAUCCCCUACAUCAAGAAGGAUAGCCCCCUCCUCAACGAUUACCGGGGCUUCCUGGCCGAGAUGAAGCGGGUUUUUGGAUGGGAGGAGGACGAGGAUUUCUAGGCCGGGAGACCCUCAGGCCUGGGUUGGGCGCGUGGGGAGGGUUCGCUAUGCCAGUCGCUGCCGCCGCCAUAGUGGCCACUGGCGCCCUUUUGAGACGCUUCCCUCCCCCCACCUCGAGUCGCCAUGAUCUCCCAUGCGCUCCUGCCCCCUCCCGUGUUGUGCUUGCCUUUGUUCCAGGAAUAGCGCUCCAAGCUAGCCCUGCUGUCUCUGGGCCUCACUCUGGAGCGUGCCACCGCCCUCUUCUGCCAUUUCAGCCCCUCCCACGUUAUUUGGACGCUGUCCUGUACUCCAGCUGCAAGCUGGGCUCCUAUCACACACUGGACAGACCAUCGGCAGCCGGUUGCUGCCCACCCCCGUCCCCUGGGCCACACUGCCAGACUACUGCGUCAGCCUGCCCACACACCUGUGCCACUGCCGCUGCCAUCACCAUCCACAGCAUCCCACCAACAGACUGCUGCUCUUAGUGAUUUGGACUCAUCUGGGAGGUAUCUGAGCUGGCCACCUCCAUGAAGGGGCUAGCAGGCUUUCACCUUCAGCGGGACUCAUUUCCUUCCCUUCUCCCAGAUACCUCUUAUGUUCCUGCCAGAUGGCUGCCAGGGCCCAGGUGUGUCUGGUGGCCAAAUCCAUUCACUCAUUUUCUCCCAUGGACUAGUUAGUUUUGCUCAGAAUCUAUUUCUCUUCUGAAUUCACAGCUGUCUCUGAUGUGUGCCUUUUGUUUAACACAGUAACCACUGCAGUUUGCCCUGCUCUUCUAUACUACCUGUACAAAAUCUUUUCCUUAUUUUCAAUAAAUGUCAGACACUGUUGAAAAAAAA